UCUAUCAGCCUACAAUGGAGCUAAACACUCAAGUAAACAUUGAAAUGCAAUCAAGCACAUCCUAUAAGGAGGCAGUUCAUAGCAGCAGGUGGAUGACAAACUCCAUGAAGAAAGCAAAGGUCCAUGCAAAUGAUGCUCGCAUAGAGGUUGCAUAUGUAGCACUGUUGGUGGAGACAAAUCUUCUCAAUAGAUGCAUCGUCAGCAGAUUUCAAGGUACACCACAGGAGACCCCAUCUUUGAAUGAUGUAAGAAGAGGGGCUUGCAACACGUGGAGAUCAGCCAUAUGAGUAAGCUUCUUUGCUAUGAACGACAAUCAAUUCCUAUUUGAACUCCCAUCAAGAGUAGCAGCAGAACAUGUCAUGUUGGGGAAAUGGGUUUGGAAGAAGAUGAGCUUAGUCUUUGAAGGGUGGAAGCUAACCUCGGCUGCUGGCCAGAGAAAGUAAAGAGAGAUUUGGUAUGGAUAAGAGUUAUGGGACCCUUUGAACUUAUGAUUCCAGAAAAUCUUCAGAAAAAUCGGAGACCAAUGCAGCGGGUUCAUCGAGACAGAGGAAGAAACAAACCUCAAGAACCACCUUCACUGGGCUCGAAUCAAGGUGAAGGGUGAUGGGGAAAAGGUACCGAGGGAAGUAGAGGUCUCCAGUUCAUCUAUUAGCCAUGGAAGGCUUGAGUAAUAUGAUUCUGACAACAAAGGUGAAGGGUUGGGUAAGGGGCUUCCAAGUGGACAAUAGUGCACUAAAUGACUUGGAGAUCACUCAUCUACAAUAUGUAGAUGGUACUCUUAUUUUUUGUGAAGCAGUGAGAACAAAUGUUGAUUCUAAGAGUAAUAUUCAUCACCUUCGAAGCAGUUUUUGGAUUACGCAUCAACUAGGGAAAGAGCUUCAUUUAUCCCAUUAAUGAAGUGGCUGGGGUGGAUAGAUUGGCAGAAGUUUUGGGUGGUAGAGUAGGGGAGCUACCAACUAUAUACCUAGGUAUGCCUUUGGGUUCAAAGAGCAAAUCAAAGGGGAUUUGGAAUGGAGUGAUAGAAAAGUGUGAGAAGAAGUUGACAAACGGGAAGAGCCAAUACUUGUCUAGGGGAGGUAGACUAACUAUGGUUAACAAUGUGCUUGAUGCAUUACCUGCUUACAUGAUGUCUGUGUUCCCAGCACCAGACAAUGUCAUAAAGAGGAUACAUGCUUUGAGAAGAAACUUCUUAUGGCAGGGAAAUGAAGAUAAAAAGAAAUUCUUUUUAGUCAAGUGGGAAGAGGUCAUAAAAAACAAGAAAGAGGGGGAAUGGGGAUCAGGAACAUGAAAAGGCAAAACAAAAGCCUUAUGGUAAAAUGGUUGUGGAAGUUUAUGACAGGAGAGAAUAUGCUAUGGAAAGCGGUGGCAGGGCAAAAUAUGAGAUGGAGAAUAGGUGGAUGACAAAGAUGGUGACUACACCAUAUGGAUGUGGUAUCUGGAGAUCAGUAAGAAAUCUCUAGCCUCUGCUUCUAUCUAGUAUUAGAUUCCAGGUGGGUAAUCGCAUGAAGGAAGAGGAAGUUCCAACUAUGUUCAAGUGCUACUUAUGUGAGGAACAGGUAGAGACAAUCAACCAUCUCUUUUUGCAUUGCAAAUGGGCUUAUCAAUAUGGAGAAUGUUUAGCAUUCUUAGAAAGAUCACUUGGGUGAAACCAAGAAACAUAGCACAACUUCUAAAUUGCUGGAUCAAUGUGGGCAAUACGACAUUAAAGGAAGAGAGAUGGAAGAUUGUCCAGCUUGCAUAUGGUGGACAGUGUGGAAAGAAAGGAAUCAAAGUUAUGCACAUUUACUUCCCAAGGAGGGGGAUGCUUUUGACCAUUACAAUGCAUUUUCAGCUAAGAGACUUGAUGAGGCUAACAAAAUAGGUAGAAUAAAUCUUGCUGCUACUGGAAAGGAUCUCAUGGAUGAAGAGAAACAAGGAGAUGUGACAGUGGAUCUGUAUGCUGCAUUGGACAUGGAAACAGAGGCAGUUGCUGAGCGUUCCUCGGAGCUAGAAAAUAGUCAACCCCUGGGCUUGCUUAUGGGAUUUCUUGAAGUGGAUGACUGGUAUCAUGCUCAUGUGUUGUUUGACCGUCUCUCCCAUCUUAAUCCAGCAGAGCAUGUACAAAUAUGUGAUGGAUUAUUCAGGUAAAUCAAAAUCUCAUUAAUCGUUUGAUGUCUGCUCGUUCUCCCCUCUUCAAUUCCCAAUCGCUUUGGGAACGUCACGGGGGAGGAAGAUAGAAAGGUAACCUAUGACACCGGGGAAUUACGCUUUUUUUGUCGUUAUCAAUCAUCUAUCACACUUUUGCAUUGUUCUUCGGAACUACUUAUGCAUCAGGUGUGGUAAUUGGUCUUAAUACAUUCUUGGUUCAUUAUCCAUUCA